AAAAGUCCGUGAUCCAAAGAGAAACAAUAACAUAAAAAACAGAGAGCCCCCUGUGCGAAUCAGAGCAGCCUAUACUCGGUUCUGAAGGACUUCCAAUAUCGCCGCAGGGAGCACCGGAGCAAUUUUGCAGUAUGCGCACGUUAGCAACCAAGCUCACCACUUGUGCUAAGCAUUACUGUAGAACAAGCCCUGUUCGGAAUGUUCAGCCUCGCAAGUUCUCAUCUUCCAACGCAAGAGAUGAGCUGUCACUUGAAGAAGAAGCCGAUAGGAAAAUCGGGUGGUUGCUGAAACUGUUAUUUGCUGGCACUGCCACUGCUGUAGCUUACAACAUCAUGCCAUACAUGGGAGAUAAUUUGUUGCAACAGUCGGUGUCACUUUUGCAAGUGAAGGAUCCUUUGUUUAAGAGAAUAGGGGCUUCUAGACUGGUGCAGUUUGCGAUUGAUGACGAAAGGAGGAUGAAAAUAGUGGAGAUAGGUGGUGCUAAGGAGCUUGUAAAUAUGUUGGGGAAUGCUAAAGAUGAUAGCACAAGGAAGGAAGCUUUGAGAGCUCUUUCUGCUAUUUCAAAAUCAGAUCAAGCUCUUGGAGCUUUGCACCAAGCUGGGGCAAUCUCAGUCAUCCGAGCUGCCCCUGAUUCCUUGGAGAACGCUGACAUUGAGAAAUACAAGUCAACCUUACUCCAGAGAUUCCAAGAUCUGAAAUAUGAUACUCCAUCUGAUGUAUCAAGUUCCUAAUGUCCAGGUGCUGCAAUUUAAAUCUGAUGAAAUGGCAUUUCUCUAUGCGCAUGGUACGCCCUCUUUUUUUUUGGGAUAGAUGGAUAUGCCUUGUAGUUUUAUAUGCUAUAAUUCUUACAUGUCAUAAACAGAGCUUGAGAUCGGACAACUGGCUU